UUGAUCUAAUUUUGGCAUCAUUGCGGCUCGACGAUUAUAAAGUUAUCAAUAAGAAUUUCGAUUGAAAAUAUCCAUUGCGUCCAUUGAAUUGAAGUAAAAUUUCCAUGAACAUUUUUAUGGAAAUCCAUUGAUAUCGGAUGUAAGUAACUAGGUGAACAUAAAUUAAUAUCUACACGUGGUGGCAUGGCUAUUGUUAUACCAAUGAAACCAUAAACCUUCGCAAUUGUUUACUCAUUCUGUUGGUACAAAGGGAUGCUUUGUUCCGUGUCCAUUAUACGCGUUGAAACAAUGGAACGGAUGCCUGAAUUAAGUUAAUAGUAAUUAUGUUGAAUGAAUCGUUUCACAUUGUUCGAUUGCAUUGAAAUGGCGAUCUAAAUGUGUGCUAAUUACUGUAUAAUCGACAUUGAUUCCAAGCGGAGAAAUUCGGUAUAAAUAGCCGCGAAAAUUAAUCGAACAGCAUCAGUUACAAUUGCAAUUGUAAGAGAAAACAUUCCAAAAAAAAAAAAAUCAAUCAAAAUGAAAUUCACUUUGGCUUUAAUCGCUCUAUUCGCUUUGGUCGCUUUCACCGUUGCUUUCCCGGAACCAUCUGCUGAGCCCGAACCAGAAGCUCUCGCUGAACCAGAACCUUCGCUCGAAAGUAGCGGUAGUGCAUGUGGUAGCAGCUCAUGUGGUGGUAGUUCAGGCGUCGCAGCAGUACAAAAAGCUUACAUUGUCGCUCCAUUGAGCUCAUGCGGGUCAUCAUCAUCAUUAUGCUGUGACUCGGGAUCUUCAAGCUGUGGAUCAUCUAAAUGCGGCAAAUCACGUAGACGUCGUUCAAGUGGAAAUUGCUGCAACUCUGGAUCAUCGAACUGUGGAUCCUCGAGCUGUGGAUCGUCGAACUGUGGAUCGUCGAGCUGUUGUAAAUCGCGCAAACGCCGUUCAAGCUCAUGCUCAUCAUCGAAAUGCAAGUGCUAAACACUUCAGCAGAAAUCGACCGAUCUAAAAGUUGAAAUUGGCCACGGAAAUGACAAAAAUAUCGUACAUAUAAUUUAUUGCCUAUUUAUUUAUGAAUGCAUUAAAUCAAUUAAAU